GUGGUUUGCAAGCCCUGUAGACAGGAAGUUUAACACAUGCAUAGCUCUUAACUUCUUGGUAGGAAGUUGAGCUCCUUCUGGAAACUUUUGUCCUUACUUUAAAGUGUAAAUGCACAUGAAUGGCAGCUUACAAAGAACUGUCCUGUGUCCAGCACACGGGCACAUCCACCGCCCUCCAAAAACUGGAAGGUUUUGCUAGCCGGCUGUUUCACAGGCACUCCAAAGGCACUACACAUGACCAGAGAGCAGCUCUGGAGAGUGACAGCCUUCGGGUCUCUGAGCACACUGCCUCAUGGGACAGAUCAAUGAAAGAAUUUCUAGCCAAAGCCAAAGAAGACUUUCUGAGGAAAUGGGAGAACCCGCCCCCGAGUAAUGCUGGGCUCGAGGAUUUUGAAAGGAAGAAAACCCUUGGGACGGGCUCCUUUGGGAGAGUCAUGCUGGUGAAGCAUAAAGCCACCGAGCAGUACUAUGCCAUGAAGAUUCUAGACAAGCAGAAGGUGGUAAAGCUGAAGCAGAUCGAGCACACUUUGAACGAGAAGAGGAUCCUGCAGGCCGUGGAGUUCCCUUUCCUUGUGCGGCUGGAGUACUCGUUUAAGGAUAAUUCUAAUUUAUACAUGGUUAUGGAAUAUGUCCCUGGAGGUGAAAUGUUUUCUCAUCUAAGAAGAAUUGGCAGGUUCAGUGAACCCCAUGCUCGUUUCUAUGCAGCUCAGAUUGUGCUAACGUUUGAGUACCUCCAUUCCCUCGACCUCAUCUACAGAGAUCUCAAGCCAGAAAACCUCCUGAUUGACCACCAGGGUUACAUCCAGGUCACAGACUUUGGGUUCGCCAAAAGAGUCAAGGGCAGGACUUGGACAUUGUGCGGCACGCCAGAGUACCUGGCCCCUGAGAUCAUCCUCAGCAAGGGCUAUAAUAAGGCGGUGGACUGGUGGGCACUGGGCGUGCUGAUCUACGAGAUGGCUGCUGGCUACCCCCCAUUCUUUGCUGACCAGCCGAUUCAGAUUUAUGAGAAGAUUGUUUCUGGGAAGGUCCGAUUCCCAUCCCACUUCAGUUCCGAUCUCAAGGACCUACUACGGAACUUGCUGCAAGUGGAUCUGACGAAGCGGUUCGGAAACCUGAAGAAUGGUGUGAGUGACAUAAAGACCCACAAGUGGUUUGCCACAACUGACUGGAUUGCUAUUUACCAGAGAAAGGUUGAGGCUCCAUUCAUACCAAAGUUCAGAGGCUCUGGAGAUACCAGCAACUUUGAUGACUAUGAAGAGGAAGAAAUCCGUGUCUCUAUAACAGAAAAAUGUGGAAAAGAAUUUUGUGAAUUUUAGGGAGGAAAAAGAUAGCCUGGAGCUCACACUCAGUCUUUGCACGCUGUGGAGGUGGAGGUGGAGCCGAGACCUGCUUAAUGACGCGGUUUCCAAGUCCCUUCAUUCCAGCAACUGAGUGAGGUCUUUCUUGCGUCAUCAGUGUGCACUCUGCAACCACCUGUGUACCAAGGCACCGCUCCGCAAGCAUUGUCUGUGCCAUGACACAGUGUACACCACUUUCCUACUGUUUUGGUUGUUUUUCUCCAACCUCCUGCAUCCUCUCAUUAACUUCUCUGACCAGUGCUCCAUUUUACUUUCUUGGUGUUUCAGAUGGGCAGUGUUAUGGCUGCGUGGUAUUUAAAAGGAAAGCUACAUGUUACUUUUUGUAGUUUUGAGCGAUAUUUUUGCUGACCAAUGGCUUGAAGAUAAACUCUUGAAUGAUUUUUUUUCUUUCUUUUUUAGUAGCUCGGACUCAGUUUUGCCAAAACUCUUAAUAAUAUUUGAGGAUGGAAUAUCUUAUCACCAAGGGAAUUUGCAUAAGAGAAGAUUAUAACUUCAGGGGUCACUGAUAUGGCAUUAAAUUCAGAGUGACAGUAUGGAUUCCUGGACCAGAGGCUUCUUUUCCCUUUGCUUUUUAAUAUUCUUUCUCCAUGAGACAUUAAGUGACCAGACAGAUGCCUCAUGUGUCAGGAAGAGUGAGGCCCGUGGCUCCUCACCCCAGCUGUCUGCCUUGGUACCAACACAUCUGUGGGUUAGAAGAGAGGUGGACGGUGUCUACGCCUUUGCUCUUCCAUGGGGCCCUUAGCCAGUAUUUUAGCAGAGCACGACUAAUAGAUGACACAGUGUGAACUUUCUCAGCUAGUCCUCACCGUCAUCUUCUCAAGGGAACCGAGCGAAUGAAAGGGAACAUGGAUUCGGAUAAACACUAAGUCAGCAAAAGCCUCGAUCCCCGCUUACAGCUCAGAGGUACUCCUCAGGCGAGCUUUUCUGUUUGCUUUGGUUCACAACAGGGAAGGGCAGAGCAGUGGGUGCUGCUCACUCCGAUGUGAGGACUGAGGGCACUGGUGCAGCUUUGACUUUCUUCCCUGCCUGGCAGUGAGGGAAGGAGGCAAAGCUAAGAAACUGCCGCAGUUGUAUGUUAAUUCUAGGGUGUGAUAUCUUUAAAUAUGUCAGAAUUUCUAACCUCUUUUUUUCUUCAUAGACUGUAUGAUCAUGCAGAUACAAUUUUAAUAUUUGUGUUUCCUUAAUUUUUUUAUACUUUUUGCCAAUUGACUUAACAAUGUUGCCAUCAUGAGGAAAUUUCAAGCACUCUUGCACAUUUAGUUCAGUGUUCCUUUGUGAAUAAAUGGCUUAACUUUUUAUUUUACUUUUUUUUCAUUACUUUUAAUUUUCCCAUCUCAUUUUAUCUCUGUAUCAGUGACCUACCUUAAAUAAUAACUCACCCAAAUAGUUUAAAAUAUUUCAUUUCAUGGUCAAUCUAUAAGCAUAUAAGAUUGUUUAAGUCAAACAAAGCCUAAUGUAUAUACCCCCUCCAUCUGCCUCCUCCCUGGUGCGGGUAGGUCAUUGACCCUCUCCUGCUCCUGUGCGCACACCCUCACUAACCCUUGCAGACAUUGAGAAGUCCCAUCGGAGACCCUAUCUCCACCUAGCUGCAUGUCUUUGGGUGUCGAGUGUUUCUGCAUGGUAGUGUCCCACAAUGACGAACAAUUAUUUCAGUUGGUCCAUGUAUUUAAAAUGUGCAAGAAAAAUUGAAAUACUCUGCUGUAGCAAGUUUUAUGUAACAAAGAUAUAUCAUUGUGUUAAUAAAUUAAAAGCAUCAUUUGUAUAAAAUACUUUAGUUUUUUUUUUUUU